GAUCUUUACUGCAAAGAAAAGGAUCAACUAACAAAGAUUCCAUACUUCAUAUAGGUACAAGCAGGUUUCAUAGUUAACGAUUCUUACCAAAGCCACGUGUGGCAUAGCAAGAGAAAUGGAAUCCCGAAAGAGGAAAUUAAAGGCUAUUGCAGUCCACAGAGCAAAGAAAGUGGCUAAGAGGACUAAAGUAGCUGAUGACAUAAAGGAAGAAGAGACAGUGAUCUCUGAUGAAGUUGCAGCCACAGGAUCUGAGCAUGUGCAACAGAGUGACACUGAAGUUGUUUCUGAUGGCGAUCUGGAGCCAGUUGUUGUCGACGACGAUGACGUUAUGGAUGAUGAAGAAAUACAAGAAGAUGCUAGUGUUGACCGUCCGGAGGUCAAGAGUUCCAAGGUCAAAGGACUAUUCAAACCCCCCACCCACAGUGAGUUGCAGAGCCUGAAGGAGACACAGGAUUUGUUCAGCUCAAAUCUCAUGCGACUACAGAUUACGGAGCUGUUGUCUGAAGUUAAGCCCAAGUCAUCCUCAAAGAAAGCCGUGGAAAGCUUUUUGCACAAACUAAAGGGGAAGCUCAUUUCCCUUCCCUCCUCCGAACAAAUUGACUUGUGUGAUGGUCUCUCACUGCUGAGCAAGAAAGUCAGCUAUCCUUUGAGCUUGGACAUCUCGAAUGCCAAGGGCAAAUUUCAGUUUAUUGCUCCGAGUGUUGUCAAGGUUGUGGGUGGAUUCCUACUGGGAACACUGUCCAAGCCACACCCCUCUGUGGACCUAUGUCUCCACAUACCAGUAGAGUGUCUUCAGGUGAAGGACAUCCUCAACUACCGUUACUUUCAGAAGAGAGCUCUUUACCUCGCUGUUGUAGCCUGCCACCUGCUCAAGAAGAGGAGGUCCCUGGCAAUUAAGAGUAUCCACUUCUCCUCUGACAACCCCCUCCUACCUACACUCCUACUGGCACUAGAAGGGUCAAAAGUAGCAGUCGUUCUCCACACCUCAAUCUCAGAUGACGAGUACUUCAAGCGCUCUAAACUAACACCUGAUCACAACAAUGUCCGGCGCUACUACCUCAGUCAGCUCCCUAACCAGUUAGACGACAUUCAAAACCAAUUAAACAAGCUGCAGGUGGACGACCCUCCCACUCCCCACUACAACGCCAGUCUCCUGCUGGAGCUAGGUGGUAGAGAGAGACACCUGGUCACUCUGUAUUCUGCUCUGCACAACUCACCUGGCCUGAUAGACGCUGUGCUCCUGUGUAAGGUCUGGGCACGACAGAGAGGACUGGACAAGGGUGUGGGUGGAUUGUCAGGCUUUCAUUUCUCCAUGCUGGUGGCGUGGUUGUGUUCUCAGCGAAGACUCAACGCUCACAUGAGCUGCUAUCAGACCUUCAGAGUUGUCAUGCAGACGUUUGUUGCCUCCGACUGGACCACCAAGGGCAUAGCAAUGUCUCAGAUUCCAUUGGACGUAUUCCACGAUGCAUUCGAGGUAGUGUUUGUCGAUGGGUCAGGACUGAAUAUUUUUGCUGAGCUCAGCAUAGAGAGGUAUCGUUGGAUGCAACAUGAGGCCUCCUUGGCGCUGCGUAACCUUGACAACCUGUCGACCAAUGAGUUUCAAGCGCUCUUCAUGACUCCACUCCCUCCAGAAAUGAAGUUUGAUGUGCUGUGUAGGCUCCCCUGUCACCUGUUGUCACCAGUCGCUGUGUUGAAGGAUCAGAGGGACAGGGAGGCGAUGUCACUGGACGCUGCUGUAUUGCCCCUCCCCCUUCUAAUGAGGAGGGUUUUCCCCUUUCUACGGCGUGGGCUUGGCAAGAGAGUGCAACUGUUGACGACCUUACCAUUGCCCUCAAAACAGUGGUCAUUGUCUGAUUCUCCACCCCCUCCGAGUGAUGACAUCACCAUAGCAUUGCUAUUGGAUACUGAACAUGCAUUCUCCACCCUGGAAGUGGGCCCUCCUUCUGACAGCGAUGAGGCUACUGAGUUUCGAGAGUUUUGGGGUGCCAAGGCUGGAUUGCGGAGAUUCAAGGACGGCUCCAUCAGAGAGGCGGUGGUGUGGGUGGAUGGAGGGGGCGUGGCAUGUGGUAGGACCAUCCCUGCUCUUAUUAUUAGGCAUCUGUUGGAAAGACAUGCUGGUCUCCCUGGUGACAGCGUAGGCUGCAUUGUAAACAGUCUGGACCCCCUCAUCAGCUUGCCCACCUAUUCCAAGCACGGGAGGCUGUCUACUGGAGAAGAGGUGGGCGGUGGUGUCGUGGGUGUGGUCACAGGGCUCGGUCGAGACCUUCGAGGAUUGAGGGACAUCCCCCUCUCCAUCACGUCAGUACAAGGAUGUGGACCCGCAUUCAGACACACUCAGGUGUUUCCUUAUCCUCCCUGGAACGGCCGAUUGGGGUCAAAGUAUACAACCCCUCCUGAUGAGACCAGCCAAUCAGAUUGCUACUAUCCAUCAUGUGAUGUCGCAACACCCCCUUUUGUCCCAGUAUACAAGGUGGUGUGUCAGUUGGAGUCUAGCGGAAAGUGGCCGGACGAUGUGGAAGCCAUUGCAAAGAUAAAGACCUCCUUUUAUACGUACAUUAGCAAGGCACUAAAAGAGGAAAAGGAUGUGAUCUCAUCACCCACAGCAGAUUAUCUGGACGUCUUGAAGGAGGGCUAUGUGUUCAGGGUGAUGAUACACUACCACAGGGAGUUGCUGCUUCUCAAAGACGCUGUUUCCAAGGCGACAGGCUCGGAAGUGGUCAAACUAAAGCAGAGGUUGACAGGCAUUGAGCAGGAGCUUGUCUCCCUCCCUCUACUCACCUCCUGGCUCAACGGUGCUCAUCAGGAGUACCCUGCUUUUGCCCCGGGGGCUAGACUCUGUAAGAGGUGGAUCUCGGCACAGCUACUGACCAAUCACCUUUCAGACGAGGCAGUGGACUUGAUGGUAGCCUAUCUCUUCCUAAGCCCCGCCCCCUACACACCACCCACCAUGCCUCUCAUCGUGUUACUACGGUUUCUGUCACUCCUCUCCUCAUUUGAUUGGUCGACUGAGCCGCUGAUUGUCAACUUUAACAACGAACUGUCAGGUUCGGCUGUGUCUGAGAUUCUAACCAAGUUCACCUCAACCAGAUCCUCACUACCACCCAUGGUGAUAGCCACACCGAAUAACCACACCCAUUGGAGCACCCCCUCUCCACCUGUGUUCACCAGGCUGCAGCUACUAGCCACAGAGAGUCUCAACAUUCUUCUCAAACAUACCAUAAGAGAUUUUAAACAAGUGUUUCGGCCUCCACUAGACGACUAUCAUGUGAUCAUUCAUCUACACAAGAGACAUGUGCCACGACGUGAACAAGCCGUAGAUGCUAUGGCAACGGACUUCGACUCCUCUCAGCCGACAGUUCGUUACAAGCACAAGUGUACGCAUCUACCUGUGAUGGACUUUGACCCAGUGGAAAAAUUUGUGCAGAGUUUGGAGAUGAGCUACUCUGACUAUGCACUGUUUUUCUACGACAAGUACGGAGGCUCGUACAUCGCUGUUGCCUGGAAACCACCAGCCUUCUCUCCACGACCAUUCAAGGUGAUGCAGAUUGAAUGUCAUGUGAAGGAUAACAAGGGGAUGGUUCCCGACACUGUUGCCAUGGUGUCAGACUUUGAACUAUUAGGAGAGGGACUAGUAAAGAAAGUAGAAGUCGUUUCAUAUACCCCUUGAUAUUACCAUUGGUGUAAUUAUUUAUGAUAAUACUUAACAUUUACUUUUUCGCA